AUGGAACACCCCUACCUUCUUUCUUUCCAUUUUCAUGAGUUAGAUGAGCUGAAGGCUUGUGGGUGUGAGAAGUCGGCGAAGGAACGAACGAGCUGGAAAUAUCACAACCCGGGAAGGCAGUUCUGGAACUGUUGCAACAAUUUGGAAGACGAUGAGCUGCCUGAGGGGUACUACAACAACCUUAUUAGAACAUUAAAGCAACAUGUAGAUUCAAAGGAGAACUCUGUUGAACUGAUCAGCCUUAGGAAGAAGGUUGUGGAGUUGGAGUUUCUGCUUUCAAAGGAAAAGUCAUUUGUUGACAAGCUUGAGAAGAAUAUAACAAAGGAGAAGCAAGUUGUGAUGAUGCUUAACAACAAAUUGGAAGCUUCCAUACAGCAAAAUUUCAUGUUGAAAGUUUUGGUUGUGAUGAUUCUGUUGGGUGUUGCACUUUGGUGCUUUAAGUAG